CGUCAUUACGGUUAUAACACAUCGGUGUGCGCCGCUGUCGCAGCAGCAGCAGACUGCUGACAACUGUGCUGUGCUUUGAUGGAGAUCACAGAAACUGGAUGAUCGCUAUAUUUGUUCUUUUGUGAGUCGUGUGGAAAUCUAGGUCAGCGCUGCCACUAACCGGGAAAACAUGCGAUCGAGUAUUAGUUACAUUUCCAGCCGAGGAGGCUGCAGUUAGCACUGAGGCGCCAGUGUCGGUGACGCUAGCUGGGACAGAAAUAGAGCAGUAAGAGGCAUCCAGCUGUGGUUUACGGACCUCUUUGUGUCCUGCAGCCUGUCUGGGAUGCAUCUCUCCAAGAAAUGUUCCGCCUUCAAAGUAGUGCUGAGCGCCCUGCUGAUAGUGGCGCUGCUGCAGCUCAUCUACCUGUCCUUCCUGUCCAAGUUUCAUGGAAAGCAGCAGCGGUACCGAUACUCGGAGCUCUUCGGAGGCUCCGGGACCAAGAAAAAUGCCCACCCGGAGAAAAACUCGCGGAAGGAGCGCCUGAGGUACUCACUGUCCACCGGCGGGAUCUUUGACAACAGCGGGCAGUACCGAGUGUACAAGAACUUAAUCAAAAGUGACUUCACCACGAAUGAGAAGCCGGGAUCUGACCCCAGCUCCAACAUCCUGGCUCUAGCUACACACACCACUAUCAACAACCUGCACUACCUGGAGUCCUUGCUGGAGAGAUGGCAGAACCCCAUCUCUGUGGCCAUAUUCGCUCACGGCCAAGAUGUGAAGUUUGCCACUGCUCUGGUGUACGCUCUCAGCUUCUUCUGCCCUCACAUCCAAGCCCUGGUGGACUUCCACUUGGUUUGCCUCUCUGGAGAGAUGGCCAGCUUCCCGGAGCAGGACCGUGAGCAUUUUGCAGGUCUUGAGGACUGUGCCUCAGUGUUCUCCAGACUGGAGACUCACGGGGAGAAGUACAAGAACUAUGCUAUGAGCGGAAACAUCUCCUACCCCAACAACCUUCUUCGUAACAUCGCCAGAGGGGGCACGGAGUCCUCCUACAUCUUGGUCAUUGACAUGGACAUGAUGCCAAGCGCCGACCUGCAUGAGCAGUUCAUGGCCAUGAUCGCCAAGCGUGAGCCAGCGAGUGACGAGGUCUUCGUCCUACCAGCUUUCGAGAUCCGCCACGCUAGGAAGAUGCCAGCCACAAAAGCAGAGCUGGUUCAGCUCUACCAGGUCGGUGAAGUCCGGCCCUUUUAUGAAGAGCUGUGUCCUCGUUGUCAGGCCCCCACCAACUACUCACAGUGGGUAAACAGCCACGUCAGAGAGACGGGAACCCUGGAAGUUGCCUACACGCUCACCUGGGUGGACCCCUGGGAGCCCUUUUAUAUCGGGCACCGCUCUGUGCCUCUCUACGAUGAGAACUUCAAGCAGUAUGGCUUCAAUCGUAUCAGCCAGGCCUGUGAGCUCCACGUGGCCGGAUACAGGUUCUCCGUGCUGAGCACUGCCUUUGUGGUGCACCGCGGCUUCAAGAUCCAGGGGGAGUUCCACGCUAGGAAAGACGAGGAGAACAAACGCAACCGGGUUCUGUUUCGCAACUUCAAAGAGGGCCUGAAGACCAAAUAUCCAUCCUCUGCCCGGCGCUGCUGAAAAAAAAAGACGAGGACAUCGGCCGCCGAUGAAGUCGCUGUCGAGCUGAAACGACGGACGCUUUCUUCUUGUAUCCAGAUUUAGCUUCCUGUAAAACUCUUUCUGCCCAACUUUCAUAGUCAGCACAUCAAUUUCCUAGUUUCUCUCUGAUUUUUCUUUGUUUUUGUGAUGGUGGCACAGUAGGCGUUUAUUUCAAAUUUUGUCAAAAUGAGCAUCAGGGAAAUGCUGCCUGGGGAUUUCUGAGUGUUCGCUUGGAUGGGAGAAAAAGAAAUGAUCAUUCAAGAGUGAGAAACAGGGCAGAAAAUCUGGAGUUCACUGCAAUUUCACUCAAAUGCACAUUCAGAAAGCAUUUGGGGUCAUUUUAAAGCACAUAAGGAUCCAUGCAUCCUAUAUUUGGAAAUCAUUUUACACUCGUCCAGAUUGAAAAAUGGAGCAGAGUCCUAGAUUUCACUGCGAGUAACAUGAAGUUUAACCUCUUACAUUUCAGACAUUGUGUUUAAAGUUAACAUGCAUGGUGGCGUUUGACAGCAGCUGGCAGAAAAAUGAAUUCGCUGAUACAUCAGGGACCAACAGUAAGGACCAGCUGCUUAAUGUGGAGCUCCUGACCAGCUUAUUCUCCUGCAGACUGACGGAGCAGCUUCAUUUUUAGGAAGGUGGUGGAGCAUCACAAAGGUCUACUGGUCUACAAGGAGACAUCAGCAGGAAGGCAGCGGUGUUGUUUUGUAGAGCGAUGCUGAAGAUGCUUUAAUCAGGCUUUCUGUACAGAAACAAGUUCUCCAUCUACAUAUAUACAAACACUAGCAGCCCUCUGACUGGAAGAGAAGCUAAAAAUGCUGCAUUUCUUCCUUUUGGGGACUUGAAGGGUCUGAUUAUUAUAUUUCCUCCAAGGGCAAAAACACUAGUUUAAAGAUAAAGCUGCUCCUUUAUUCUGACAAGGUCGUCACAGCAGAUGAAUCUGCAUCUUUUGAUUUGACACAGAUUUCUGUGGCUAAAAAAAACCCUCCUCACACUAUUUAACUUCACUUGUUUGGCCUGGUUUCAGACAUGUGUCAGCUAUUCAAGAAAAAAAAUGAUGAAGUAGUCUGAUUGUUGCUCUGCAGACCUGCAAUCAUGGGAGUAAAGCCUGUCUUAUAGUGCGCUCUGACCACAAGGUGGCAACAGUCGCUCGAGCGUCCCGGUUGUGGUUUGUUUUCAGCCUGUGGUAAAAACAGCAGCAGCAGCACAUCAGCGGCGCUGUUUGGUGCUCAGGACGCGAAGCGGCUCCGCAGCAUGGCCGUUAGCACAUUUGGCUGCGAGUGCUUAUCAGACUGAAAGGGUUCAUCUCAUGAGAACAAAGCUGUGGGAGCCUGUGUACAGAGAUUAUGCACAACACUAGAUUUUUGCAUACACUGUGGAGAGCUGCUGUAUUUAUAACACUGGGGAUCUGACACUGGCAGCCCUCUACAUUUAUCAAGAGAUUUUUGUUGUUGUUUUUACCUCUUCAGCUGGAGUGUGUGUUGGGAGCGGGCAGCUACAGGCACUAAUGUAGCACACAUAUAAAGCAUAAUCAAAGUGUGAACCACAAACAGGAGCAGCCUGUGGUGUUAAAGGAUUGCUUCUCUUGCUACUAUCGGAGUAAAAGACAGCAAAUGUUUGAUCUUAGGCUUUAUUCUGUAACUACGGUACAUACAGACAGUAUUAACCUCGACUACCACUCUUCUUCUUUGUUUGUAGUGAAUGCAUAUACACUUCAGAUAUGUUUGACUCACAUGUUUAAGUGUUUAAUUUAAAUGUAAUUCUCGAUUCGAGACGGACUGACGUGUUUUUUCUUCCUCACUCGUCAUGUUUGUGAUAUAUUUAUUGUAAAAACUCUUGUUAACAGGAAUAGUUUUUUAUGACCUCGAGCCACAAAGAAAAACCUGUAGCACCAAAUUGAAACCACUAUGAAAUAAUUUAUUUAGCGUUUUUGGAGCAGAUUCAGUUUGAACACGUUACCUUAUGUGAUUAUGUGGUGCAGUGCUUUUUCCUGGUGCAGUGUUUCUUCCUUAUUUGGAAAUUUAUUGGUUUUUUUUAAUUUAUUUAUUUUUUCUCUAUGAUGCCUGAUUUGUAUUGUUGAAAUUUCUAAUAAACCUGGAUUAUUUACAUUUGA